AUGAUGUCACAGAUGGACAAUAAUGAUGAGACUGAGAUUGACUUGACACCUGAGUAUGCAGAUGAAUCGUCUUCCUUGAUCUAUGAGGACGAUAAGGACGGAACGCAUUUCCUAUCACCGGAAGAACGUGCUAAAUUAGACAAGAUUUUUGACGGAGAAGUAUACGCUCCAAAAGCUUUUUGGCGCUCAGGAUUUGAGAAGAAACAGCAGGAGAAGAUUGUAUUUGAACGUAUUGCUCACCAGUUACACGGUUACAAUGAGAAUCCCGUGACGGUCUUGCCAAUACGUAAACAGCUCAUGUUCUAUACAUUGUGCCAUCGGGAACAGGUUGGUAUGUCAUCGAAAGCAGAAUUAAUCAAGAUGCAGGAGACUUUUAUGCCCUUUCAGGAAAACAAACAGUGUCGAGUUGUUGACUCGGUACGUGAUCGACUCUAUUGUGGUGAAUUUAACAGCACGGGGUCAAGAUUUUUGACUGCUGGGCAACGUGGAGAAAUUAUGCUGUAUGAUACAAUCGAUUGGACCCGUGCAGCAUGUCUGCCUGUUCGGGAUGUCAGUUGGACGGUGACUGAUGCUAAGUUUACACCAGAUGACAAGAAUGUGAUAUACUCCACCAUCAACAGUAACGUUCGUAUGGUAAGCACGGACUUUAACGAGGACGGGAAGGAGUGUGUAUUCCCGAUGGCGCGUCCACGAAGAGGGAGAGGUGAUAGCCAUUCGAUGCGGAUGAAUCGGUUUGGACGCUUUGGUGUGUGGUGCAUUGAUAUCAAUGCUUCAGGUACGGAGUUUGUCGCUGGCACGUCGCAGAGUAGUGUUAUACUGAUGGACAUGGAGACUCAAGUGCCAAUGUGUCAUGCUGUUGGCCACCACGAUGAUGUCAAUGCUAUUGCGUUUGUGGACGGAUCUCUACAUACGAAUAUCUUUGUGAGCGGAUCAGAUGAUUCGCUGAUAAAAUUGUGGGACCGCCGUGUAUUGUCCGAGUCGAGCCCAAAGCCACAGGGUGUGUUCCCGGGCCACGCUGAUGGCAUCACACAUGUUUCAUCAAGAGACGAUGGCUAUUAUUUCAUUUCCAACUCAAAGGACCAAACCACUAAGCUUUGGGAUAUUAGGAAGUGUAUUUCAUCUGAUGACUACGAUGAACUGGUGCCAUUUCGCAGACCGUACUUGUGGGACUACCGCUAUCAGGCGUAUCCAGGACUUAACAUGGUGCCCAUUGAGCACCCAUAUGACAAGUCGGUAAUGACGUACCGUGGUCACAUGGUUGUCGAGACACUAAUUCGAUGCUACUUCUCACCACUUCACUCUACCGCACAAAAGUACAUUUAUACGGGCUCAGCAGACGGUCGUGUAUACGUGUACGACAGUAUCUCUGGUGACCUUGUCGAAAUCUUUGCAAUGAGUCCUAGUGGACUUACCCGCGAUGUGCGCUGGCAUCCAUUCGAGCCUACGAUUGUGUCCCCAGACUUCUACGGUAAAUUAUGCAUCUGGCAACGUCAAGACGACGACGACAAAUUCGAUAGGCACUCAGUUUGA